AUGGACCCGCCCAUGUCGAGAACGCGCAUCCCGCCGCCGAGGGAGGCGCCCGGCAACGAGGCCGUCUGGGUGUCCGCCGGUAUCCACCGGUUCCCGAUGGGCAGCGCCUCGGGCGGUGAGGAGAUGAGUAUAAAACAGCGGGCGGCGAACGGCGACAGACACAGCUCAAGUCGCAGCUACCUCCUCAGCACCAACAUGAAGCUCCUGGUUCUCCUGGCCGUGCUCGGCGCCGCUUCGGCCCAGUACCAGCUGUACACUGGUGCGGUGCCGUACACCGGGUACAACGUCCCACUGGCGUACAACGCGUACCACGCGCCCAUCGCCACGUACGCCGCCCACCCCUUCGUGUACCAUAGCCUGCCGUACUCGUUCAAGCCCGUCGAGAAGGAGGAGCCCGCAUGUUGA